AUGUUGUCCUUCCUAUUAACCUCCCUACUGGCGGUGUCCGCGGGAGCUUCUUCGGCCUGCCGAUGUUUCCCCGGUGAUGCUUGCUGGCCUGCUGAGGAUGUUUGGACCAAGUUUAACCAGUCAAUUGAUGGUCGGUUGGUAAAGACUGUACCUCUUGGCCAGCCCUGUCAUGCGCCUGACUACGAUGAGGCCCAAUGUGCGACAUUGCGUGAGGGCUGGACAGUUCCCGAGGAGCACUAUGAGUCUUCCUCGUCUAUCAUGGCUCCAUACUUCACCAAUGGCACCUGCGAUCCUUUCCACCCCGUCUCCAAGCCCUGCACACUAGGCAAUUAUGUUUCCUACGCAGUGAACGUAACGACCUCAGACCAAAUUUCCAAGGCGCUUCAAUUCGCCGCGGAGCAGAACAUUCGAGUUGUGGUUCGCAACACUGGCCAUGACUACAAUGGCAAGUCUACUGGUGCUGGUGCCCUGGCUAUCUGGACACACUACAUCAAGGACAUCAAGAUCCAGGACUAUAAGGACUGCCACUACACCGGCAAGGCCAUCACCAUGGGUGCAGGUGUACAGGGAUUCGAAGCGUACGCGGCGGCCCAAGAAGCAGGUGUCCAGGUUGUCGGAGGCGAAUGCCCUACCGUUGGUCUUGCAGGUGGUUACAGUCAGGGCGGUGGUCACUCAGCGCUCUCUUCUCGAUAUGGACUUGGUGCCGACCAGGUCCUUUCAUGGGAAGUGAUCAAUGCUGAGGGAGACUUCAUCACCGCCACUCGCGACAACGAGUUUUCUGAUCUCUACUGGGCUCUCAGCGGUGGUGGUGGUAGCACCUUUGGUGUUGUUUGGUCGAUGACCUCCAAGGCUCACCCAGGCACCCCGGUCUCAGGUCUCAACUUGACUUUUACCAACACUGGUAUCUCGCAGGACAAGUUCUACAAAGCCGUUGAGCUAUUCCAGACGAGACUACCGGAAAUCGUUGAUGCCGGUGCGAUGACAAUCUGGUUCUACACCAACAGCAGCUUUGCAAUCUCCCCCAUGACCGGUCCCAACAUUCCUGAGAAGAAGCUGCUUUCGUUGAUCAAUCCUUUCUUGAUGGAUCUCCAGAAUUUGGGUAUCAAGUACACCUCCUACUCCAAGCAGUAUGGUAGCUACCUCGAUGAGUACAACGACAUUCAACAGGACAUUGGGGUCGGCGAGGCCCAGUAUGGCGGCUGGCUGAUUCCCCGAUCGGUGGUUCAGAAGAACAACACGGCCUUGACCCAGGCCUACAGAGAGAUCACUGAGGAUGGUGCUACCUUUAUUGGGGUUGCCUUGAAUGUCUCUCAGGAGGUUGUGGGAGAUGUUUACAACUCUGUUCUGCCUGCCUGGCGCGAAACUCUGUUUGCCACAACCCUCAGUACUCCCUGGAAGUUCAAUGCCGAUAGCGCUAUGCUCGAGGAGCAGCGGAAGAUGACAGAUGUGUACAUGCCCAAGUUGAUAGCACUGGCGCCAGCCUCAGGAGCGUACAUGAACGAGGCCGAUUUCCGACAACCUGAUUGGCAGAAAUACUUCUUCGGCAAGAAUUAUCCCGAGCUGCAAAAGAUCAAGGCCAAGUAUGACCCGAACGAUAUCUUCUAUGCUGUGACAGCCGUCGGCUCGGAGGCUUGGAAGCAGCACGAAGACGGACGGCUUUGCCAGAUUAGGCAAGAAGGCUCUCAAAAGCUCCGUGGCUUCGGAGGAGAUCUGUAG